CCUUUUCUAAUUCACUCUGAGGGGCCCUUAUAGAAGAUCAGUGAGUCAUCCAGCUUUGACAGUCUGCAUGAAUCCAGCGCCGUCUAGUGGCCGGAGAGGGUCCUGCAGGCGUCUCAGGGAGCUCUGAGUUCACAGGCAGGAUGACGUGAAGUCAACAGUUUGUCUUUUGACGACUUUCAGGACCAACCGUGCGUUCAGCUACAGCCAAUUAAAACUAAUCCGAGUGUCUCGCGGUGAUGCAAAACACACACGCAGUCAUGUUUUAUCUAUAAAUGUAGUGUGAAGUCGCUCUCUCUCUCUCUCCCUCUCUCUCUCUCUCGCUCUCCGAAGCCCAGAGUUGACGGGAGGUAAUCCCCACCAUGUGAGUGGGCGGUGUGGGUACCGGAGGCGUGUUUUUUUUUUUUUUUCUUUCUAUUUUUUUGUCAUUAUUCAAAUGCCGCUGUCCCUAUAAAAAGAGCGGCUCCGUGCGUCAGAUAGUUUCCUCCGAUGGGUAAAGGUGGCUAAAUACUUGUUGUCGCUCUCGUCGACCCAGUCGCAUCCUGUUGGCAGGGGAACGGAUGAUGCACGACUCUUGUGGUGUCCAAAUGGCGAGGGCGCUGAAACAAGCCGCCCUGUGCCUGAUGCUGUUGCCCCGGUUCCUCCUGGCCGCCGUGAUGCUAUGGCUCCUGGAUUUUUUGUGCAUCAGGAAAAAAGUGCUGCUGAAAAUGGGGGAGAGGGUGGACAGCCCGGACGACCCGCCGGUGUGCGUCUCCGACUCCAAUAAGAUGUUCACCUUGGAGUCCCUCGGGGCCGUGUGGUACGGCCAGAAACUGGACUUUCUCAAAUCUGCGCACCUCGGGCGCACUGCGCCGAACACCGAGGUGGUGCUGGUCCAGGAGCGGCGGCUGGUCCGGAUCCUGGACUGCAUGAGAGAGAAGAGACCACUCAUUCUUAACUUUGGCAGCUGCUCCUGACCGCCGUUCAUGACGCGCCUGGCGGCGUUUCAGCGCGUCGUAAGACAGUACUCAGAUAUUGCGGACUUUCUAGUUAUAUACAUCGAGGAGGCGCAUCCGUCUGACGGCUGGGUGAGCUCGGAUGCGCCGUAUCAGAUCCCCAAGCACCGCUGCCUGGAAGACAGGCUGAACGCCGCACAACUGAUGCUCACCGAAGUGCCCGGGGGCAACGUGGUGGUGGAUAAUAUGGAGAACUCGUCCAACGCCGCGUACGGAGCCUACUUUGAGCGACUUUACAUCGUGAGGGAUGAGAGGGUGGUGUACCAGGGGGGCAGAGGACCGGAGGGCUACCGGAUCUCCGAGCUCAGGGACUGGCUGGAGCGGUACAGGACCGAUCUGGUGAAGUCACAGGCGGCGGUGCUCGACGUGUAGUUGAACCACGAACUCGCCGCCGCCGCCGCGCGCAUUCCGCUUAAGUGUCCAGUCCACAGUGCAAAACGUCCAGAUGCUGCUAUCGAAUGUUCACACACGGCACAUUGUUGUUGUUGUUUUUUAUGGCAUAAACAUAUUCAGGACCCUUUGACAAAAUAGCCUAAAGUCGUGUUCACAGGCUGUUAGAUUGUGCUUGUCUUGACCUUAACUGAUUGAGUAGCCAGUUCUUUAUUUUUUGUAUGGGAAAGAAGUGUUGGAUCAGUUGAAACGGGAUUCAAUGAUUAGACGUCACUCUAUUUUUCUACAACAUUGACGUGUGUGUGUGUGUGUGUGUGUGUGUGUGUGUGUGUGUGUGUGUGCGCGCGCGCGUGCGUGCGUGCGUGCGCGCGCGCGUGCCCGUCCAGUCUAAUAUCCCACUCGGGUGUUUCUGUGAAGUUCGGCUUUUAAACGGCGCAGCCAGAAAACCGACACUGAUGUUCCUGACACCGGGAGCGGGCUCAUAUUAGCCGGACGCCGUCAUCGGCUGCCAAACGAUGUAAUGUUGAUGCAGUGUAACUGAACAAAAUGUUUGGAAUAAAUGUCAGAUCACACGUUGA